ACAAAAAGUAUAGAAUGAUAUUAAUAAUAUUUGUAUAAAACUUUUGAGAGAAAUUAUAACUUUUCAUACACUUUGUAUCAAUAUAAACAGCAUGAUGGAAAAUGAAAAAUUCAUUUCGGAACAGGCUCCAAAGAAUAUGAAAAAUAUGCUGAAUUUACUUUUUGGAACAUUAUUAUUUUUUAAUUUCAGCUUAGUUGUUUCAGGAAGAGAAUAUAAUAAGCAACAACUACUGAAUCACAAUACAGAUUUUUUAUUACAUGAAUCAAAUGUGAAUCCAACUUCACCAAAACGAGAUUACGUCACAUCACAGCCAAAUCCUCAAAAUACUCAGAUAAGUAAACAAGAUUUCCCCCCGUUAAAACCUACAUCGGCUACAUCGCCGCCACCUGGGGUGACUGUGAUUUCGACUACGAAAAAACAAGACUUUCCUCCUUUACGGUCCCCUUCCGCUACACCACCUUAUCAAGGUAUUCCACAAGGAUCUACUCGCCCUGAUCAGACGUCGUCUGGAAAACGAGACUAUGUCGCUCCUCAUUAUCCAUCCUCUAAUCCUACUGCCCAUCAAUCAUCGGGAAAAGUUAAAGAUUUAAUAAACUUUUAUGACAACAAGGACAGAGAAAAUACUCCCCAGAAGGUACCAAGUUAUAGUAAUAUUUUACAAGGAACUACGAAUAAUAAAGUAACGCCAAGUACUACCAGUAUAUAUCAACCAGUUACCCAACCUAAUCAAAAGAUAUCAACUAUUUAUAUUCCAAAGCCUUCUAGUUACAGCGGCGUUGUUAGUGGGCACACAUCUACGUCAGGAACUACUUUUAAACCUUCAUCCAAAGGGCCUUAUCAAUCUACUUUCCCGGUAUAUGGAAUGACGACUGUUCGACCAGGAAGCCCAAUUUUGCCAAGUACACUCGUAAAUAAUAACUUAAACAAUAGAAAUAAUCCUACCGAUACCGAAUUACAAACUUUAAGUGAAGACUUGUUAAGAAAAGAUGUCAAUAAUGCAGCAAAAUAUAUUACUAUUAAUUUUCAAGAAAAAACUACGGGGCAGUCUAAAGAAGAUAGGGCACCUAGACCAUUAUUCACUAUCACGGACGAGGCAUGGAAUAUCCCUACAGUCCAAAAAAUACUCCCCUUGUUAGAUAAUUACGAAAGAGACACUUUGGUAAACGAACAUGUUACUGCGCAGGAACGUAAUGAAGAAAAUGCAUUUAUGGAUGCAAUCAUGUCUACAACAGUUAUACGACACUUGAUGAACUUUUUAAAAGAUAAAGGAUAUGUUACACCCGACCCAAGGCAACAAAGGGACUUCUUGAAACAACUGUGGUUUGGCCUGUAUUCUAGAAGCAGGGGGAAGAUUAGCAGCUCCGGGUUUGAGCAUGUAUUUGUAUCUGAACUUAAAAAUGGUGAAGUAUCAGGACUACACAAUUGGAUAUAUUUCUCCAAAGAAGAAACAGCUAAUAGAGUUAAUUACCUAGGCUAUCUGAAAUAUACGCAAUUAAGCGAUAAAGGUACAGUUUUGAAAUUGCACUUUAGUCAACAAGGAGUUGAUAAGCCCGUCGACAGUAUGUUCAUCGGUACUUCCCCGGAAUUAGAAAUUGCGUUGUACACACUUUGUUUCGUUACCCGAACCGAUAAUGACUGUUACCUUAAACUUGCUGGUAAAGAUGUGAAUGUUAUUACUCAUUCUUAUCGCUAUCGUAGUAAAAAUUUUAUUGGUAGUGCCUAUCCACAGAUUUAAGAUAAAUGUUGUGUAAUUUAUUGGAAAUUCAUUAUUUCAAUUAAUUGCCAAUACUCAAGUCAAAUAUUGUGUAUAUAUUUAGAUAAAUAUUUUUUUUAAAUAACUAGAUGUACAUAACAGCAAGUUUGUGUUUAAAGUUUUUGGUUACCUUAAUGAAAAAGUUUAAAUAUUUUAAAUAAUAAACAGAUUAAGUAUUUAUAAUGU